AUGGAGGUGAGUGAGGACGUGUCAGGAGAGCCAUGGCUGGGGAUUGAUGUAGAGGACAUCACACCUACACAGCCAACCUUCUACCCUAUGCGCACUCCUGGACCGCAGCUCUUGGGUGGGGUCAAUUACUCUAUCCUCGACCUCUUCCACCAUUUCAUCUCUAAAACCAUGUUGCAGGGGAUUGUUCGCAACUCCAACAAAUAUGGAGAGAAAAGGCAUCGUCAAGCGUGGCAGGCGAUUAGCCUGGAGGAUAUGUACUCCUACAUAGCUAUUGUAAUAUAUAUGGGCCUGGUGGAGGUCAAAAACAUCCGGGACUACUGGAAGAAGUCGGACCUUUAUAAUUUUCCAUUCCCUGCCUCAGUCAUCUCCGGCCGGAAAUUCGUUGCCAUCUCCCGCAGCCUUCACCUCAGCUCCCCUGAUGAUGAUGAGGCCAAUGACAAGAGAAAGGGCACAGAUGAUUAUGACCGGCUGUGCAAAGUGAAGCCCAUGUACAGUCAAAUCAGGGAGAUGUGCAGGGCCUACUUCCAUCCUAGACAGCACAUCUCCAUCAAAGAGAGAAUGGUGAAGGCCCGCUUAAACCUUCGCCAGUACAUGAAGGACAAGCCCACAAAAUGUGGUUACAAACUUUUUGUGCUGGCUGACUCCUCCACAGGCUACAUCUGGGAUUUUUUCAUUUAUGAGGGCAAAGGAGCACCAAUCGUCAAGAGACUGAGUUAUGAUACAGUAAUGAAUCUUGUUGACGUGCCAGUGCUAGGACGGGGCUAUAAACUGUACAUAGAUGACUUCUACACCAGCCCUGCCCUAUUCCUGGACCUACUGGACAAGAAAGUCUUGGCCUGUGGGACAAUCCGGGAGCAGCGGAUUGGUUUCCCCAGAGACCGUCCAGGUGGGCUGGACAGCAAGUCUCCCCGGGGCACCAUCCGCUGGAUCAGAGAGGGUCCACUGGUCUUCGUGCAGUGGAGAGACACGAGGGAUGUCAGCAUCUGCUCCACCAUCCACCCAGCACACAGUGACAAUACGGUGCAGAGAAAGGUAAAGGCAGAUGGGCACUGGGUAGAGCAGGCGAUCCCUGCCCCACCAGGGGUGUCUGAUUAUAACAAACAUAUGGGUGGGAUUGACCUCUCAGAUGCCAUGAUUGGCUAUUACAACGCGCUACACAAAACCAGGAAGUGGUACAGAACAUUUUUCUACCAUUUCGUGGACAUCGGCAUUGUGAAUGCUUUCAUUCUGCACCAGGAACUGGCCAAGGAGAAGCAGCAGUUCCCUCUCACACAGAAGGAGUUCCGCGAAGCCUUGAUGCUGGAGUUAAAGGCAGCUGGCUCCCCCUCCACAGCCCCCCGACAAGCACCCCCUCGUGCUCCCUCUGGUGCACCUCACAAGCUGCGGCACUUCACAGCGGAUGGCAAUGUGGGGAGACGGCGGUGUGUGCACUGCAGCAUGAAGACCACAGUGGAGUGCACAUCAUGCAGUGUAGCGCUCUGCUUCACGGUCUCCAGGGACUGCUACAAUGAGUGGCACAAUAUAAAUUUGAAUGUUUGGAUAAUUGGUGACAGCUACGUCCGGCGUGGGGCUGAGAGAGCUGCAGAGACCAUGGGGGACAACCUUGGUCACGACAACCUGUUCGUCCAGUGGUUCGGCUGGGGUGGCCUGAGGUGGAAAAGCCUUGUCCCUUUUUUCCGCAGGUCCCUACAAGGAAGAGCAGUGCCGGACGUCCUCCUCAUCCACUGCGGCGGGAAUGACCUGGGGAGUGUGAAGAGUGUCGGCCUCGUCGCAGCCAUGAAGGAGGACCUGCGCCGCCUACACCUGCAGUACCCGGAUAUGACAAUCCUCUUUUCCGAACUCACCCAGAGGUGCAGGUGGAGGGCUGGUGACAAACCUGCGAAGCUGGACAAGGCUCGCAGCCCUGACCAAUAG